UGCGUGUGCCCAAGCGGCAGCAUCUACCUCGUCGUGUUAGCGGCGUCGUCGUUCACGCCGCCCCGAAGGAUCGGGAAAGCCCAGAAUAAAUCAACCCUCCUGCAGAUGGGCUUCCGCUUCGCCCGCCUCGCCGCCCGCGCCGCGGCCUCUCGCCGGGGGCCGCACCCCGCCACCGCCGCCGUCUGCCGCGCACUUGCCCCUCCCACCUCGCCGGCGGAGCCAGCCGGCUGCCACCACUGGCUCGUCCCCGCCCGCGGCCACGUGGGCCACUCGCACCACCACGGUGAGGACGGCGGCGAGGCGUCCGAGAGGAUCUUCCGGCUCGGGCUCGCCGCCGACGUCGUCCUCACCACCGGGAAGGCCGUCACCGGCUACCUCUCCGGCAGCACCGCCAUCGCCGCGGACGCCGCGCACUCCCUCUCUGAUAUCGUGCUGAGCGGGGUGGCUCUGCUGUCGUACAAGGCGGCUAAGGCUCCCAGAGACAAGGAGCAUCCAUAUGGUCAUGGAAAGUUCGAGAGUUUAGGAUCUCUAUUGAUUUCAAGUAUGUUGUUGGUUACUUCAGGUGGGAUUGCCUGGCAUGCUUUUGAAGUUCUUCAGGGAGUUAUGUCUUCUGCUCCUGAUAUAAUUGGCAACACCUUGCAUGCCCAUAACAACCAUGGUAGCGGUGGGCAUCAUCAUGGAAUAGAUUUGGAACAUCCUGUCCUCGCUUUGAGCAUGACAACUUUAGCAAUAGCUGUCAAAGAAGGGCUCUACCGGAUCACAAAACAAGCUGGGGAAAAGGAAGGGAGUGGGCUGAUGAAAGCUAAUGCAUGGCACCAUCGUGCAGAUGCUAUUUCAUCUGUCGUUGCCCUAGUAGGGGUAGGUGGCUCCAUUCUUGGAUUGCCUCUUCUUGAUCCACUAGCUGGACUUCUUGUCUCAGGCAUGAUUCUUAAAGCUGGUAUUCAGACUGGAUAUGAGAGUGUACUGGAAUUAGUUGAUGCUGCUGUGGAUCCUUCCCUUCUAGAACCGAUCAAGGAAACAAUUUUAAAGGUUGAUGGUGUGAAGGGGUGCCAUCGGUUGAGGGGAAGAAAAGCUGGGACCUCAUUGUAUCUUGAUGUGCAUAUUGAGGUAUAUCCUUUCUUGAGCGUCAGUGCAGCACAUGAUAUCGGGGAAACUGUCCGUCAUCAAAUACAAAAGACGCACAAUCAAGUUGCUGAAGUUUUCGUACACAUAGAUCCCUCAUACUCAGUGGGCCCCAACAUGGAUCUGAAAAGGAUUUCAAAGGACACUGAUAGAAGAAAUUCAGGUGUCCCACAACAACAGAGUGCAGAAGCCAUUGUGUCUGAUAUCAUUUCCUCUCAUUUUUCAAAGGAAAUGUCCCUUGAACAUCUAGUGAUGCAUUACGUGCAAGGAAGAGUGUUGCUUCAGGUCCAAGUUUCCAUGUCCCCAGAAAUUUUGAUUCGGGAUGCAAUGGAAAUUGCAAAGCAAGCUGAAGAGGAGAUAUUGAGGGCUGAUGCCAGCAUAAGCCAAGUCAGUGUGCAGCUAAGAUUGGGCCAACAAAUCAAGCAACUUCAGCUGCCAUCGAGCAAGAAUGUUGCUGGCGAUUUACAUGCAGGAGCGCAGUAAUAUCAGCGUGCUUAUCCUUUGCUGGCACGCUUUUGCCAGUCAGCUAGGAUGAUCAUUUUGCUAUAUUUUUCCUAACAUACAUCAACUUCAUUUUGCUGCUGAGGCAGUAGGCUUAGGACGGCUUGUGUACAUUGUAAUCAUAGUGUUCAGAGAUAUAUGUUGUCUGGUGAAUAUGUAAUAACGCACAGAAGCAGCCUUGCUCGGAGAUGGCUACUGGAAAAAAAUUGUGGUUGGCUUCACUCCCGUACUUGCAAUGUAAACAAUGAUGCAAGUGCCUCGCUGAUUGAGGUGUAACUACCUUGAACUCCUCCCCGUCUAAUGGAAAACAAAUAAAUAUCACAUUUUAUA